UGAUAAGAGCUUAGAUAGAGAAAUGAGGAUUUGUAUAGCUUUAAGUAUUUUAGGUCUAUAAUCUAAGGAAAUGGGGGUCGACGAGGAUGUCACAUGUCAUAUUAGAAUGUGGGUGGAUGAAAUUGAGGCUCGUAUCUGGUGUCUUAUGUGAUAAGGGACCCGAGACUUUAAGUAAGUUUGAUAGAGUGGUGGUUAGACCAACUAUGUUGUAUAGGGUUGAGUGUUCGCCAAUAUAUCUCAAAGUUCAAAAGAUGAACUAGCAGAAAUGAGGAUGCUUAGAUGGAUCUAUAGCCAUACUAGUGGAGAUAAGAUCGAGAAUAAAGGUAUACAACGCAAGGUGGGGGUGACAUCCUUGGCGGACAAGAUGUGUGAAGCUAGACUGAGAUGACUGAGGUAUGUGAAAAGGAGGAGCACCGAUACCCCAAUGAGGAGAUGCUAGAGGUUGGCAAUGAUAGGUCUAAGGGGAGGUAGAGGUAGAUGGAGGAAGAAUUGAGGAGAAGUGAUUAGGCAAGACAUGCCACAUCUUCAACUCACCGAGGACAUGACCCUAAUAGGAGAGUAUGGAGGUUGAGGAUUAAUGUAACAAUUAGUAGGUAGUUGAGUGGCUUCUCUCUUCCUAGUGGUAGAGCAAGGUUCUAGGCUGGAGCACCUAUCCACUUACAAAUAUCAUUAUUAUGCUAACAUUAUCUUUUUCUUUAUUUCUAUUACUAUUGUUGUCACUUUUGCUUUAACUAUCUUUUAUUUUGUUCAAACCUCUUGUGGAGAAUGAAUUCUCUUGAGUCAAGGAUCUAUAGGAAACAAGCUCUCUAUCCCACAAAGGUAGGGGUAAGGUCUACAUACACCCUACCCUCCCAAACCUACUUGUGGGAUUGGGUGUGUUCUUGUUGUUGUAGGAUUUAUAUAGCUGACCUCAACUUGUUUGGGAUUGAGGUGUAGUUGUUGUAUCCUUUUGACGGUUUGUGUAAGAGAUAGUUGAAUUUACACUUGUUUGUUAUAUCAGUGGGAACUCUUAGAAAAUUACUAAAUUUAAGAUUACAUUUUAUUGUCUUAGAAAAUUUUCAGUUCAAACUUUAUAACUAAUUACUUCAAAAAAUCUCCCAAUAUGUUUGAUCUCAUGUUUUAUCAUCAUGAACUACAACAACAACAACAUACCCAGUGAAGUCCCACUAGGUGGGGUCUGGGGAGGGUAGAGUGUACACAAACCUUAUCAUCGUGAACAGUUAUCUCUAAUGGAAGUUUGAUAUGCUGAGAUUGAUGCACUCUAGGAUUUCCUAAAUGGCUAAAUCUGAUUAACUUGAGGGAUGAAAGGUCUUGUUCCCUUCCUCUUGGUUUGUAGGAAUAACGUAUGCCAGUCCCUCUCUAUAGAUUAAUCCUCAAUCUGGAAAAACCUGUUCUUUCCAAAUAUCCCAAUUUAAGGCUAAAGAUUUUCUUCAGCUCAAAGUUUUCAAUUUCUCGCACCUAAAAUGUGUUAUAAUGUUUUACAGAAAUGAAUAUGUAUGCAAAACAAAGAAGUUGUGUUUUGAAUGAAGACCGCUUGAGCGGACUACCAGAUGACAUCCUCAUCCAUAUUCUCUCCUUAUUGCCAUUAAAGGAUGCUGUCAAAGGAAUCUGUAACGCAAGUAGAAGAUUUCAUAAGCUCUGGCCAUUCAUCCACACACUCAAUUUUGAUCAAUACAUGUUUCCAGAACAUGACUGUGACUAUUAUUUGGAAGCUGGUCGUCCUGACUACGACGAAAGGUUUGUGCACUCCGUUCGUCACGUGCUUCUUCGUAGUAAAAGUCCAACUAUUCAUAAGUUCUGCCUUAAGUUUCAUUUUAGAUUGUCUUAUUCAUUUUGGCAAAGAACAUCCAACAGCACAGGCAUAUGGCAGUACUAUGAUUUCCUGAGGAGUGAGAAAAGGAUGGCUAAUGAAAUUGGUACCUGGAUCCAGUUCGCAUUAAAUAAGAAUUUGGAGGUCCUUGACUUGUCUUUCUCUGAGCAUGGUACAGUUGGGCCACAGGCUCUUUAUGAUCUGCCUAAUUGUGUUCUAAGCAGUCCUCAUUUGGUUGAACUCUGGUUGACACACUGUACGAUAAAUGCAAAAAAGAAAAGUAAGCUGAAGUCUCUAAAAACAUUAUAUCUUAAUAAUGUUGUGCUAAUGGAUCAAUCGAUGGAUUAUAUUCUAUCUGGUUGCCCGAUGCUUGAGGAAUUGACAUUGCAGCUUUGCUAUGGCCAUAUAAGAGUGGUUCUACUCAAUUCAAAUUUAAAGACAUUGAAGCUUGACAUUGGAUGGUUUCGACAAAGGAUACAUGUCUCCUGUCCAACUCUCCUAUCAUUAGAUAUGUCUGGAGCUGUGGAGGUGCUGGAUAUUGCAAAUGUAGCAUCUAUUGCUGAAGUGUCUGUCAAUCGCAAUCUGAUAUUUGAUUUCGAUGUGUACAAGGAUUACCAAGGGAUCAAAACAUUCCUCCAAACAUUUACCGGGGCCAAAACUCUCAAUCUAUGUUCCUGGUUUGCUCUGGUAUUUUCUGCGUGGCAGUUGAAAAAUCUACCAUCUCCAACCUUCAGCUGCAAAUCCCUUCAUCUUCAAUUAGAUUUUAUGAUAUGGAAUCUACCAGGAAUACUGAACUUGCUGAAGCACUGUCCUUGCUUGGAGAAUCUUAUCAUCAAAAUUACUUCUUCUUACAAUGAAUUUACAUCCCAAAAACAACUAUCGUGGUAUCACCUAUAUAAGUUUGACGCGGAUGAAUACUGGAACAUGGUAGAUGCUCCUGUCCAGUGCAUGAUUCAUCACCUCAAGACGGUGGAGGUAGCUGGUCUCAUAAAGAAGAAAUUUGUGAUUCAGUUUUUGGAAUAUUUGCUCAGGCAUUCCAUGGUGUUAAAGAAAAUGAAGAUAUUUGCAAAGAAAAAAACCUCUAAAAUUUGUGAAUAUGAAGAGAGGCUAUUGAAUGCACCAAAAGCCUCUGCCUCUGCUGCAGUGCUCUUCUACUGAGGUGAACCCUUAGUAGAUACUUUUAGUUCGAACAGUUUGUUUCUGGGAACUCUUUUGCAAUAAACAGUUAGCUGCUAUUGGUCUGUGCACAAUGAAUUGUCCUGUGGACACAGUUUCCUCCAUUUUCUGUAAUAACUGUUGAAGUGCUAUCUUGUUGGAUGUUAUAAAGUUUUUUUUUUCUUUUUA